GAACCGCUGAGCCUCUCGUCUCCUCGCGCUCUCUCCCGUUCCUUCCAGUCUCUGCUCGCGCGGUGUCCGACCGGGUACCCUCCUCUCCUUGCAGCGCGAGCCGUCUCCUGUCCUGACUUUCCUCCCCGCUCCGUGCACCCCCGGCCGUAGCGGCGAUGCGCCUCAUCCAGAACAUGUGUACCAUCGCAGAGUACCCCGUCCCGGGCAGCACCGCUGCCGACUGCUGCCUGGGGGCUGCGGGCCGCCGGCUCGUCAAGAUCGCCGUGGUGGGGGCCAGCGGCGUGGGCAAGACCGCUCUGGUGGUCCGGUUCCUCACUAAACGAUUCAUCGGGGACUAUGAACGAAAUGCAGGUAAUCUCUACACAAGACAAGUUCACAUAGAAGGAGAAACCCUGGCCAUUCAGGUCCAGGACACUCCUGGCAUCCAGGUGCAUGAGAAUGGCUUGAGCUGCAACGAGCAGUUGAAUCGUUGCAUUCGCUGGGCGGACGCCGUCGUCAUCGUUUUCUCCGUCACUGACCACAAGAGCUAUGAACUCAUUAGCCAGCUCCACCAGCACGUGCAGCAGCUCCACCCUGGCACUCGGCUGCCCGUGGUGGUUGUGGCCAACAAGGCUGACCUCUUACACGUCAAGCAGGUUGACCCUCAGCUUGGUCUGCAGCUGGCCGGCAUGCUCGGUUGCUCCUUCUAUGAAGUAUCUGUCAGUGAAAAUUACAACGAUGUCUACAAUGCUUUCCAUGUCCUGUGCAAAGAAGUGAGCCCCAAACAGCAGCCCAGCGGCACCCCCGAGAAGCGCAGAACCUCCCUCAUUCCCAGACCCAAGUCACCCAACAUGCAAGACCUGAAGAGGAGGUUUAAGCAAGCUCUGUCUGCCAAAGUGAGGACUGUCACGUCUGUCUGAGGCACGACUCCUGGAGGGGGUUUGGUCUUCUGGGCAGAGGGCCCGAGGUUCUUCUUAGAUGGGACCAUUACAGGCUGAUGGCAGUUCAUGGUUCCAGAAGGAGCAGUGGCAGAGGGGCCUAAGGGGCCUUUGGAAUUCUGCAACUAAGGAAGUGAGGGCAGACGGACGGAUAUGGGACUGACCUGCCCAGUCCAUAAAGUGGGGAUGGGGAUGCUUUUGUUCCUCACUGCCUCAUAAGUGAUGGUCAGGUGCACCAAAUACAUGGACUGGGAUGGGGAGAACACAGAGAGCAUUCACGGCUUUUCUCCCAAGGGGAAGGUUUUCUUUUCUCAGUGACUCCAACAUGCUCUCUUUACAGGAUAUCUUUCUGACUUGAAGGAUAUCCAGAUUUCUUUAAGAAUCAAGGAGGGACUCUCCCCACCCCAUAAAGGUCAAGUUUUAGACCAAAAUAUUCCGUGUACAGACACCUGUGAGCUGUGGUCUGCAGGAAGGUGCCGGAUCUCCUGACACAGAAUGGGUACAGGUGUUGAGUAGCUGUGAAAAAACUCACCCAUGGGCUGCCCAACUGUGAUGAUGUAUAGUCGUGUGUAUUUUUUUUUUUUCUUUAAACCGUGGCAUCAGGUACAGAAAAAAGUGUUAAUUGAUGGUGGUGUUGAUGGUGGUGUGGUUUGUAUAAUUGACCCAUGGCAAUGACGUUGGGUUGCAUCCUGGGCCUGGCUGAGUUGUGGCUAUGGGCGGCUGAGAUACUUCAAUGCUGUCUUUAAGAGUGACCAGAUGCAGGGCUACCUGCCAAAUCCCCUACACAGAUGCACUUUAAGAAGCCAUUUAUGCUUUGGCUCAAACUGUAAUAAUUUAUUUUAUGUACAAUAAAUCUCUCAUUUGAUAAGA